GGUUUAGUUUCGCAGGUAACUUUGGACUGGUGUGAACCCCAAGCCUAGAGAUAAUCUUCAAUAUGCUAUCAGAACGUCCACUUGCUGCACUGUGCUUCGGAAUAUUACUGUGCUGCCUGCUCAUCCGGCAGAGCGAAGGCUUCCCCCCGACGGUCGACAAUAUCAUUCCGAUGCCCAAGCCCCAGAUGCAAACAGAUUAUGGGCAGUUUCAGAAUACCGGCAUGGGUGUGAAUCCCAUACUGCAGAGUAUUUUCACUGUGCCAGAAAUUUGUCCGGAGGGCUUUAAGCUAACCAGUGAUCGGCAGCGAUGCCGGAAAAUUGCCUAGAAAGGUGCUCAGACAAUUGCGAAUGCCUUUUGCUGUUAUCUGACUGCUGGAAAUGUGCGUUGUGAAUCAAGAACGAAUAAUAAAAAGACUGUGAAAUUGCAAA